AGUAUUCUUAAUGUCUGCGUGCCUCCCUCCCCCCUCCGACAAGAGUCCACCUCCUACACUACCCUCCUCCCCCAUCACGUGUGUGUCCAUAAAUCGUCGUCGUCGACCGACCCGGUCUCCACCUACCACUUUGUCCUCACUUAAUUGCUUGGGAAACGCAAUUGCUAUUCUCGGCCACGAAUCAGGGGAGAUAUCUUUCUUCGACUUAGACUCCCCAGAAGCAACUCUACUCACAGUGAUAGCAGUCCCCAACUGUGUAAACGGUUACGUAGUGGUUGAGCCUCUCUCACUAGAGGCCAUCCUCAGUACUGUCCCUAGUGGUGAUAAGAUAUUGGUUCUUGUUGGAGUCGGCGGUGAAGGCAGCCGCUUUGAGCCAACGAAAGUAUCCUUCUACGACCUGCACACCCCUCCUGCUAUAGUCAUAGAAAUCGUCAUGACCAUACCAGUUCUCAACGUAGUAGUCGGCUCGGGUUCUUUCGCAGUCAUCUCGGAGGAUUCUGUCCGGGUCUACAGCUACGGUGUGGCCCUCUUAGUGCAACUAGACACCUGCCCUAACAUAUGUGCAACAGUAGCCCUUCCCGCACCCACUGGUCGGCGGCAACCUGCUGUUAUUGUAGCACUCGAGCAGAGGCUAGGUUACAUCGUCUGUAGCCGAUUCAAUGGCUCUCGUGUGGCCUUGCCAGUGCGGAAGCAUCAGCACCUGAGGAGCAUUGCUUCCACAGGGACGGUCACAGCAUGUGGGUUUGAGGACGGUGGGCUGUGGGUCUUAGGAGGGCUCAGUGAAGAAGAUCCUAAGGGGUAUUCUAUCAUAGGACAUGUGAAGCCAGGGAAGGACGAUAAUGCAGUUAGAAGCCGCAACCGGGCAUUUUACGAUUUGCCUUUGAGACGUCGAGGCCUCAGUGGGUUGAUCAUAUCACCGAGUGAGCAGUUCAUCGCAGGAGUAGAUGGAGGUAGAUGUCAAAUUGUAAUAUACAAAAUUGUGACAACGACAGUGAUGGAGGGGGAGGGCGUCUCCGAUUUAACUCAGUUGAUAGCCAGUCGAAUACUCGGUAGUGCAUCAUCGACUAGGAAAACUGUAGUGAAGACCUCUGUAGUGAUAUGGAGCUUUAUAGACCUCCCACAAGCCGCUCAUGAACUCGAGGUGGUACUUCAGUUUGGUAGCACCAACACUGUCCUGGUCUGUGGCCUCAAUGGCCUUGCAUCUCGGUAUGCGUAUGACCCUAGUGUUCGCGGUGAGAAGGCUACUCUAGUUUGGAGCACUCACCUUUGUCCACUACGGGACCGAUUCGGUAGUACUUCUACUACUGGGGGUAGUUCUCAGCAAUUAGCCUCCGACACCCCCACCACUUGGCGGUCUGACGCCUCUCGUGUUGGCGCUCAUUGGGAUGUGAAUGAACAUGUCAUCACCUUUGAUGUCAGUGAGGACGUUUGUGGCCCUGUGGAUACGAAGGAGGAGGUCUCAGCCGCUGAAGACGAGGAUUGGAUUCUUAUAGGCCAUCGGUGA